CGGAAAUUUUCACAAGCGCCGUAUGCAAGUCUUCGGAAAAACUUUUCUUGCAGCACGUUUCUUUUUCCAUAUUGCCGCUGCCUCCGUGCGUCGUAAAAACGGGUGUUUGUGGAAUAAACCUCCAUAGAUAGGCUCUCUCUUAUUGCUCAUUCUCUCUCUAGUUCAUAGUCAGUGGCUUUUGCUUUCUUUGCUAGAAGACAAACUUAUACCUCUGCUUUAUUAAUUUCAGUUUUUCCAGACGCCAACCCUUAUAACUGAAAUCUGAGCUCAUGUCUAUGAUCGAUACCCCCGACAAAAAAAUCAAGGAGGAAAGGCCUUACAAAUGUACAAUGUGCGACAAGGCGUUCCAUCGCUUGGAACACCAGACAAGACAUAUUCGCACCCACACCGGGGAGAAGCCCCACGCAUGCUCGUUUCCCGGCUGCUCGAAGAAGUUUUCCCGGUCCGAUGAGUUGACAAGACACUCGAGAAUCCACACGAAUCCGUCAUCGAGACGGUCAAAGAACUCCCAGACCCUGAAUCACACGGUAGUGCACCACGUGCAACCGAUUCCGGUGGGCUACCCCGUCAAUAGCAACGGCACACCGCUCUACCCAACGCCAUACCCAAUGUACUUGACGGCAUACCCGCCGGGGGGCGCGCAGCCUGUGGAGUAUCCCAACAGUGGCCCAUACCCCCAGACGUACUAUCCGAGCCAGUUCCAGGCGCAACCUGCACAAUUUUCGGUGUCUCCGCCGAGGACCCAUUCACCUGCUGAUACACUCAGGCCGGAGGAGAAGCCACUUCACGAGAAGCCAUCUCAUGAAAAGCCAGUGGAAGCUAUGGAUAAGUCAUUUGGUGAAAAAUCCCUCUCCACCGUUUCUGUCCCUCUGAUAAAGUCUUCCAACACGCUGUUCUCCCACGGCUCCUACAAUGAUAGCUCGUUCAGCUCGGCUACCCAGUCGUCAAGCAACUCGCCUACCCUUCCGCACUCUAACUUCACCUUUACGUCCAAGAACAGCUCCUCAACCUCGUUGCUGAACAUGGGGAGCCAUCACCAGAACGGCGCCCACUUCCAUUCCCAUCACUUAUUCAACUCUCUCUCCUCCCUCCAGAGAAUGACCCCCCUCAAGACCCCGUCCGCGGGAAGCACGGCUACCGUGGCCUCUUCGCCUGCAAAGGAGGGCAUUCUUCCGAGACCACCCUCCGCGACGGCAUUGAAUUUGGAGUUCCAGCGCAAAAAGUCCCGGCCAAACUCCCCCAGCACGUCCUCUCCGCCGAAUCUUGUAAAGUCGCACUCCUUCUUUGGUUUACACCCAUCUUCCCACAACCUCCUGCUGAUGAACGGGUCCCAUACUCAUCCCAAGUUCAGCCUAACCAGUCCUAACGAGACUCCUUUAACGACCCCGUCCCAAUCCCCGCACUUGGCGCCUGCCUCCUUGAGCUCCGUUCACAUGGCCUCCUUCAGCUUGUCACAGCAACACCUCCAGACGCAGCAACAGCAACAACAGGCCCAUAACAUCGCCGCGGGUGGCACCGUGCUACCACCCAUCAGGUCCAUCUUGAACUUGGAGCAGUUGCUGGCGAAUACCCACGGGCUCCAUACCCACGUUGCGCCCGAGCGCAAAUCAUCGCCUGAUGGGCUUUCCUUUACCCCAGGUAUUCCUCUCAAAAGACGCUCCAAUGUGGACUUGUCCCAGAUGAUGAACUAGAAUGAGAAAAUGGUAUAGAUGGAGGUUGAUUGGUUUAGUUUCAUAUAAUUAUUAAUAUUGGGGUAAGAUGUAGACGUAUGAAUAUGUAUAUCCGGAGCUUUACCCAGCUGGUUUUGGCAUCCUGUUGUAUAUAGAAUGGGCUAAUCCCCUCUUUGCUACUGACGCUGCCCGGCGUAGUCUGAACGAACUGCUCUAUCCCUAGGUGU